CCCUGUUCUGUCUUUGUCCGUGGCAGAUGAUGGUCAUGCCAUUCUGGAAGCUGGUGGAGGUACCCAGCAGGACUUCUUUGUUGCUCCUAAGAAUGUUCCAUCAAGUUCAAUGAAUUUGGUAGCAAAUUCAGGUCGUUCAGCUUUCCAGGUUCCAAGACCCGUUUCUGCACCUCUAGUUAAGCACAGAAUCCAGAACAGACCAGAAACUGUUGACCUAGAAACACUGGGAAAACUAAGUCCUAGAGCUUUUCCCCACACUUCACCAACGUCAUCUGUGUUUCGAUCUCCCUCAGCACCACCAGCUCCAUUUUUCCCACACAGAGAUUCAGAUUCAGAUGAUGAUGAUGAUGAGGAUGAUGAUGAAGAAGAUGAAAGUGAAGAUGAUCCAUACAUACGUCAAAUUUUGGAGCAGUUCAAGAAGGACAGGAAGGCAGCAAUGGAUGAAGACAGUCGUAGGUUCUCCGAAGGAUUCGCUCUUUCAAAGAAGGUAAGAGAUAGGCAAAAUUACUCAUUUUCUGUCAUUAUAAAUCUUAGAGAUCAGUGGCUACCACAUUUUUCUAGCCACCAUUCUUGUGGUUCCAUAAAUGCAUGCCAUAACGCCUCCCAACAAAACAAAAUAUAUUUAAAUAUAAACUGUAACUUGGAAGUCAGGUUUUCAAAUUUUACUAAGAAACUAAAAACCUAAUAACUUAAGACACAAACUUUUCAAACAUUUAUUGGUUAGAUCAUGUGACAGAACAUUUUAUUUACUUUUCUAUCAUCAGACCUGUUUACCCUCAACCUCUUAAAAUCGUACAAUAUCAUCACAAAAUCGUUCAAUACCUUAUAUUUAUAGUAAAAAAUAAACAUACGGUAAAUAAUGUUUACACCUCAAAAUCGUACAUUGUAUGCCAAAAUCGUAAGAGUAAACAGGUCUGUAUCAUGCAAUUUUUAAAAAUAGUUUUACAGGACAUGGGGCAGCCCUAGAUCUUAAAUAAAAUUGGAGGAAUGACACAAUUUUUUGGUGACAAAAAUGAGACUUCACAUUUAGUUACCACAAGAUAAAUAUGUUCCGUUAGGGAGACAGUAAAUUCUAAUGUUUCAUCUAAAACAAUACUAUGUUUUAUAUGCAAUUUUCUCAGCAAAAAAAAUUAAUUUACGAUAAGAUUCUUUUAUUGAUAUAAAUAAAUGUACUUUUGCUAGGAUUACAUUGUACAUAAAGUUAUUUUCAUCGUGAUAAAUGAAAACACAGUUUAAAGUACACAUUUUUGUUUCAAUUAAAAAUGAUAAAGCACAACAUUUUAACGUAAGACAUUUUAAAAUAAAUUUUUCAAAGUAAAAACCAGCCAUCCUGCGUCAUCACACUUCUCUGUAAAAUGCCCAUUUUGACAAGUAAUUUGAUUUUUGCCCAGAUUUAGUUAAAACUUAUUAAAAGUGUGGAACCAAUGAAUACCUUUCUGAAUCAAUUAACACAAGUCUGAGACUACAUUUAAAAAAGUUAUUUUGUGUAAAUUAAUGGAUACAAUAAACUGGUUUGAAAAUAUGAAACACUUUCUGGUAAAAGUAACAAAGUAUUGGUUUUUGUCUUGCUCCCAUGAAUAAUGAGGAAUUCAUUUAUUCCAUAACAAAUUUUAACACUAAAACAGCAUAGGAUUAAGUCAUGGGUUUGGCACAUUUCUUAACUGUGUUUAAAACAAAUUAGUGAUUAUUGUAAAUAAGAGGGCAUUAGUCACAGAAAUGUUUCACUGUUUUUGUAAUGUCUUGUACUCUGCUGCCUAAAGUAUAGGUUUAUAAUGGCAGAUGAUGACGGUAUUUCUUCAUUUUAUGGGGUAAAAUUGUGAAGAUGCAGUGAAGUGCUAAUUCAGCCUCUACUUCAUUAUUAUUAUUAUUAUUAUUAUCAUUAUUAUUAUUAUUGUAUGGAUGGCUUCCAAACUGGUGAUGUUUUUGUUUUGUUUAAAAGAUCAAAUCAAAUUUUCCACCUAAGCAUUAAAUGCACAAACAUUAUUUGUUAGACAAGGUAAAAAUAAUAAUAUAAUAAUGAUUGUACGUGUUUAUUAUUUAUCUUUAAUAUAAAGUAAUAUAAUUUAUUAAUUAAAUUAAAUUUUUACUGGGGCCAGGGGGAAAAGAGAGGUGAAGGAUAAUUCUGUAGGACAUCUUUCUGUGUAAGUUAAACAUUUAAGGAGGAACCUAUCAAUGGCACCCGCCUUUGCUUCCUUUUGAGGAAAUGAGACAAUGCUACAACGUUUAACUAGUACAUCGCCGGCACUGCUACAAGAAAGUCUGCAGAGUGAGAAGGAGGGAGGAAGGUUAGCUUCUGCAGAGUGAGAGAGAGGGAGGAAGGUUAGCUUCUGCAGAGUGAGAGAGAGGGAGGAAGGUUGGCUUCUGCAGAGUGAGAGAGAGGGAGGAAGGUUGGCUUCUGCAGAGUGAGAGAGAGGGAGGAAGGUUAGCUUAUGCAGAGUGAGAGAGAGGGAGGAAGGUUAGCUUCUGCAGAGUGAGAGAGAGGGAGGAAGGUUGGCUUCUGCAGAGUGAGAGAGAGGGAGGAAGGUUGGCUUCUGCAGAGUGAGAGAGAGGGAGGAAGGUUGGCUUCUGCAGAGUGAGAGAGAGGGAGGAAGGUUGGCUUCUGCAGAGUGAGAGAGAGGGAGGAAGGUUGGCUUCUGCAGAGUGAGAGAGAGGGAGGAAGGUUGGCUUCUGCAGAGUGAGAGAGAGGGAGGAAGGUUGGCUUCUGCAGAGUGAGAGAGAGGGAGGAAGGUUGGCUUCUGCAGAGUGAGAGAGAGGGAGGAAGGUUGGCUUCUGCAGAGUGAGAGAGAGGGAGGAAGGUUGGCUUCUGCAGAGUGAGAGAGAGGGAGGAAGGUUGGCUUCUGCAGAGUGAGAGAGAGGGAGGAAGGUUGGCUUCUGCAGAGUGAGAGAGAGGGAGGAAGGUUGGCUUCUGCAGAGUGAGAGAGAGGGAGGAAGGUUGGCUUCUGCAGAGUGAGAGAGAGGGAGGAAGGUUGGCUUCUGCAGAGUGAGAGAGAGGGAGGAAGGUUGGCUUCUGCAGAGUGAGAGAGAGGGAGGAAGGUUGGCUUCUGCAGAGUGAGAGAGAGGGAGGAAGGUUGGCUUCUGCAGAGUGAGAGAGAGGGAGGAAGGUUGGCUUCUGCAGAGUGAGAGAGAGGGAGGAAGGUUGGCUUCUGCAGAGUGAGAGAGAGGGAGGAAGGUUGGCUUCUGCAGAGUGAGAGAGAGGGAGGAAGGUUGGCUUCUGCAGAGUGAGAGAGAGGGAGGAAGGUUGGCUUCUGCAGAGUGAGAGAGAGGGAGGAAGGUUGGCUUCUGCAGAGUGAGAGAGAGGGAGGAAGGUUGGCUUCUGCAGAGUGAGAGAGAGGGAGGAAGGUUGGCUUAUGCAGAGUGAGAGAGAGGGAGGAAGGUUGGCUUAUGCAGAGUGAGAGAGAGGGAGGAAGGUUGGCUUCUGCAGAGUGAGAGAGAGGGAGGAAGGUUGGCUUAUGCAGAGUGAGAGAGAGGGAGGAAGGUUGGCUUCUGCAGAGUGAGAGAGAGGGAGGAAGGUUAGCUUAUGCAGAGUGAGAGAGAGGGAGGAAGGUUGGCUUGGUUGUGAUUUGAGGCACACAGAAGACAAAGCAUGUGAAGAUUCUUACUACUAGCAUUGCAAGAGGAUGCUGGUCUAUGAAGACAUUACUCAUUCAAUAUAUUUGCUGGUCUUUCAAAACAUUUGCUAACCAAGUUACUCGCCAAGGUGGUCAAGGGUACUUUGACUCUGCUCAAGGGUUCGUUCAAUAGAAGGCAAUGCAAGUGGUAUGGAUUUUUCUAAUAAUCUCUUGUAAAGUAAAAUCUACUAUUGAUAAUAGCACAGCGAAAUUUCGGUUGUCAUUACCCAUUUCUUUCUAUGCAGGUGAUAAUUGGGCAAUGGUCAUAAUAUAUAUUAAAUUUCUGUUAACAUGCAUUAAGCAUUUUUUCCCCUUUAAUAACAAUUUUCUAUUAUUUAAAUAUUUUUGUAUGUUUAAAUUUUUUUUUGUACUCUUUACUUAAAUGUGAGUGCGUCUUGUUGACCCUAUUGUGAAAGAAAUGGAAAUAUAAUAUCCAGUGUAAAAAAAAAAUGAGACUAAAAAUUAAACACUUUUAAUUUAGAUGCAAAAAAUCAAUAAACAUAUUACAGUGGAACCUCUCAUAACGAGCACCUCUCAUAACGAGUAAUUCGCAUAAAAGGCAAAAAAAAAAAUGUGAAGAAGUUGCUCCCUUAAUGAGCGAUGCAUAACGAGUUACGCAGAAAGGGGAAGUCCAUUUUUCCUGACAUUCAUUGUGAACCGGGGCUUCCGCGCCGAUGCAUUAGUGCAGCUUUUCUCAAUCUGUGGGUCGUGACCCCUUUGGGGGUAGUGCAGCCCUUUCCCAGGGGUCGCCUUAGACUAUCUGAAAACACAUAUUCUUACAACUAUGAAGUAGCAGCGAAAAUAAUUAGGUUGCUGAAUGCCCAGACACGAGAAACAGUAUUAAAGGGUCGCGGCACUAGGAAUGUUGAGAACCAUUGCAUUAGUCUGUGUUGAGCACUCGGUCUGUUAGCGUAUUGUUUUCGUUUGUGAUCACCAGUUUUUUUAAAUUUUGUAUUCUGACAGUAUUCGUAAUUUUUUUAUGUGCAAAGUGUAAUAACCUAUGCUAAAAUGUCUUCGGAAAAACAACAACAACACAAUAAGACAAUCAUAAAAGAGAAAAAAUAACUGAUGAAAUGAAACGUAAAAUCAUUGAAAAGCGAGAACAAGGUGUGAGCGUGGCUAUUCCUGCUACAAAUUUAUUCAAUGAUAAUGCUGUGACACAUUUUCGCCAAAUUUUGUAACGUCGGCAAAAACAAAUGUCUUUAGACAGUUUUCUAGUUAAAAAGGAUUUAUUUUUUGUCAUAAAUUCAUAUUUUUAUUUACGUUUUUUGUUUCAAAUCUAAAUUGUAUUCCAAGUUGUUACACUCCUUAACAAUUCAUAAGUAAUUUUAUUUGAAUAAAUGUUAAUACAAAUUUUUGAAAAAUUAGUAUUUUUUCAGCAUGGAACGCAUUAUCGUAUUUUACAUUGAUUUGUAUGGGGAAAAUUGUUUCGUUUAACGAGUGUUUCGCUAAACGAGUAAGAGUCUGGAACGAAUUAAACUCGUUAUGAGAGGUUCCACUGUAUGUUGUUUUUGUUUGUUUUUGAGUCGGGUGAGUUGGUGGGAAGUACUACUUAUAAAUGGGUGAGUGGGUGGGAAGUACUAUUUUAAAUGGUAGAGUAAGUGGGAAGUACUACUUAAAAUGGAAAAGUGGGUGGGAAGUACUACUUUAAAUGGAAGAGCGGGUGGGAGGUACUACUUGUAAAUGGCUGAGUGGGUGGGAAGUACUACUUGUAAAUGGUCAAGUGGGUGGGAAGUAGUACUUGUAAAUGGUCAAGUGGGUGGGAAUUACUACUUUAAAUGGGUAAGUGGGUGGGAAGUACUACUUGUAAAUGGUCGAAUGGGUGGGAAGUACUACUUUAAAUGGGUGAGUGGGUGGGAAGUACUACUUUAAAUGGGUGAGUUGGUGGUAAGUACUACUUGUAAAUGGUCGAGUGGGUGGGAAGUACUACUUUAAAUGGGUGAGUGGGUGGGAAGUACUACUUUAAAUGGGUGUGUGGGUGGGAAUUACUACUUUAAAUGGGUGAGUGGGUGGGAAGUACUACUUUAAAUGGGUGAGUGGGUGGGAAGUACUACUUUAAAUGGGUGAGUUGGUGGUAAGUACUACUUGUAAAUGGUCGAGUGGGUGGGAAGUACUACUUUAAAUGGGUGAGUGGGUGGGAAGUACUACUUUAAAUGGGUGUGUGGGUGGGAAUUACUACUUUAAAUGGGUGAGUGGGUGGGAAGUACUACUUUAAAUGGGUGAGUGGGUGGGAAGUACUACUUUAAAUGGUCGAGUGGGUGGGAAGUACUACUUUAAAUGGGUGAGUAGGGUGGGAAUUACUACUUUAAAUGGGUGAGUGGGUGGGAGGUACUACUUGUAAAUGGGUGAGUGGGUGGGAAGUACUACUUAUAAAUGGUAGAGUAAGUGGGAAGUACUACUUAAAAUGGAAAAGUGGGUGGGAAGUACUACUUUAAAUGGAAGAGUGGGUGGGAGGUACUACUUGUAAAUGGGUUAGUGGGUGGGAAGUACUACUUGUAAAUGGUCAAGUGGGUGGGAAGGAGUACUUGUAAUUGGCCAAGUGGGUGGGAAGUACUACUUUAAAUAGGUGAGUGGGAGGUACUACUUGUAAAUGGUCGAGUGGGUGGGAAGUACUACUUUAAAUGGGUGAGUGGGUGGGAAGUACUACUUUAAAUGGGUGAGUGGGUGGGAAUUACUACUUGAAAUGGGUGAGUGGGUGGGAAGUACUACUUUAAAUGGUCAAGUGGGUGGGAAUUACUACUUUAAAUGGAUGAGUGGGUGGGAAGUACUACUUUAAAUAAAAGACCUUGUCGUAAAAGUUCUCUUCUUUUGUUGUCACUUCUAAUCGUUGAAAGUUUAUUAACUAAUUGUAUUCUAAAUUGGGCAUUUAACCGUAGAGUAUUGCCGUAGAGCAAACUCUCAUCCACCCCACCCCCACGGACGAUUCAUUAGUUUUCAAACACGUGUACUAGUCUAUUGCGUAAAUAAAGACAAUUGUAAACGAUACCUUGACGGUAUUAAGAACGAUUGAAUCCAUAAUGACGUGCUCACUUGUUUUGCCCCGUUUCUUAAGGGUCCCAUGAAUCUAGUCCAGUGGUCAUCAACCGUUUUUAGUUUAAACAUUAUAUUUCCUAACAACUAUUCUGGGACUCGCGGGCAUAUUCAGACUCUUUAAAUGUCAUGAUAGAUUCGAGAUUUAUUAUUUGUAAAAAGCGUUCUGUAACUAUUACGUUUUAAAAAAAAAAACACGAAAGCGUAACUGGCGACUAUUUCAUGCUGUUUUUUUCAUGUGAAUUUAAUCAAAAAUCAUGUAUGUGUGUGGUGGUUAUGGGCAGGUGUGUGUGUGUGUGGAGACCCGACUGUCACUAAAAGAGAAGAAAGUUGUUCAUGAUUCCUUUUCUCAGAUCUACCCCCCCCCCCCACACACACACACACCUAACCUUGAUAAACAAAGUGCAUAAGUGGAUAAUAAAUCUUUGUCUGAUUAUUUCCCUUGUAUCACGAUCGUCCCACCAUAAACACUGUGCUAUCCACAGGCCGUGAAAGACUUCUGAAUGUACUGCGGUGAACUGUUCGGAUCCACUUGUAGAAUCAAGCUAGAAAUCUGAUAGGUACCAAUUUGUUCACGGAUUUCUUUGAGCAAGCAGUGAUCUUGUAGUUCUAAAGGAUUAAUUUCUAGGUUAGACAUGUGUCAACAGUGAUCUUGUAGUUCUAAAGGAUUAAUUUCUAGGUUAGACAUGUGUCAACAGUGAUCUUGUAGUUUUAAUGGAUUAAUUUCUAGGUUAGACAUGUGUCAACAGUGAUCUUGUAGUUCUAAUGGAUUAAUUUCUAGGUUAGACAUGUGUCAACAGUGAUCUUGUAGUUUUAAUGGAUUAAUUUCUAGGUUAGACAUGUGUCAACAGUGAUCUUGUAGUUUUAAUGGAUUAAUUUCUAGGUUAGACAUGUUGUCAACAGUGAUCUUGUAGUUCUAAUGGAUUAAUUUCUAUAGCUAUCUACGGAAACAAAUAUUCCUCGGUUACGUAGAGUCAUAGAGGCUACUGAAAUUGUUAUGCAUACCGUUAUAGAUGUGUUUUUAUGAGGCUCUGCGAUGCUAUAAUGUGCUAAUAGCACAUGACAUCUUUAUCUAACACAUUUGAUAGCAACAUAAGGAAAUGAUACUAAUUCACUUGAAUAGCAAAGACAUUACGAUGUCAUCAAGGUGUGUAUAGAUAUCUUUAUUAUUUGAUUUACCACACUCAUCUAGAAUCUAUGGAUGGUUUCAUCCCAUACCCACAUUACAGGCAUUUUUCCAGCGUGAUAACCCAGACCAUAACGUGUUUGUAGCAUCACAUACACAUCGGUGACAUACACAGGCUUGUAUCACAUAAAUAUAAAAGGUUGUUUUACAUACAAAUAAUGUCAACCACAGGCUUGUGUCACACACACAUCGGUCCUAUACAGAGCCCUCAUACACAUCGGUCCUAUACAGAGCCGCAUACACAUCGGUCCUAUACAGAGCCCGCACACACAUCGGCCCUAUACAGAGCCCGCAUACACAUCGGUCCUAUACAGAGCCCGCACACACAUCGGUCCUAUACAGAGCCCGCACACACAUCGGUCCUAUACAGAGCCCGCAUACACAUCGGUCCUAUACAGAGCCCGCACACACAUCGGUGCCAUGCACAGCUUAGAAACAUCAGCCCUAUACAGAGCCCGCAUACACAUCGGUCCUAUGCAGAGCCCGCACACACAUCGGUCCUAUACAGAGCCCGCACACACAUCGGUCCUAUACAGAGCCCGCAUACACAUCGGUCCUAUACAGAGCCCGCAUACACAUCGGUGCCAUGCACAGCUUAGAUCGCACACAUUGGUGCUAUACACAGUUUAGAUCACAUACAUUGAUGCCAUACACAGCUAAAAUCACAGUUAUCGGUGUCACCCACUGGGGACGUCGUUUCAUGUUUUUUUUUCGUUGAAAGAGGAAAAGGGGGAGGGGGAGGGGGGGGGCAAAAGCCAAACCUUGGUCUGCUUGUUUAGUUGUUUAUUACUGGAGGCACCGCAGUACAUAGCACUUUAAAUAAAUCCUACAAAUUCAAAAGGGGGGGGGGCAAAUGCCCCACCCUGCCCUACCCAAAUGACGUCCCUGGCCACACACAGCUCAUAACACAUACACAUCGGUGCCAUACACAGGCUUGUAUGCGGCAGACCCCAUUAAAUAUUGUGGCCCACCGGAUGUAUCGCUAAUGAUUAACUUACUUCUCCUUUCAAUUAGCGGUUAUUUUCAUUGUUGGCAUAAACGGACAAUUGAAAUCUAUGUACAGCACUUUUUAGUAACGGUAUGCGCCGUUUAGGGUGUACGCUACAGGGGGGGGGGGGGGGGGGAAUUUUAUAGUUUAAAAAUUAGAUUCAAAUAAGUUAUCUUAAAUUAAAAUUAUAAAACAAUAUUAUUAUUUAGCAACUUCUUUUUAUUUAUAAAACAAUAUUAUUAUUUAGCAACUUCUUUUUAUUGAUAUGAACACGGCUAUUUAAAGGGCAUCUUAAUGUCCACUAGCAUUUCUUGAGUUACUCUCCGGUUACGUGUAGCAUGAUGCUACAAGUCAAUUUAGGUAUGCACCAAAAUGCACCCUUGCAUUUUGAAUCUAUCCAACAUUUUAUGGGGUGGGGGUUUGCGCUCGGGACACUUCGGUUGGCGUCUUCGAUUUUCGCGCUCCCAUCUCACUUGCGUUGAUCAAAGGGGGAUUAGCGGGCACCUUUUUAUCUGAAAUUAAGGACUGUAUAUAAAUAGUGUAAAAAGUUAUAGUUGGAUUUAAAUCAAUGCUCUUUAUCAGUGUGAGGCGGCACAGGUAGACGUCAUGUCAUCAUCUGAGAAGUAAGUGCACUGAGAAUACAUAUUUUAUUACGUAGUCAUUAUUUUGAUCUUUAUUUUAUGUAAUAAGUUCAGUGCCAUGCUGGCCGCGAAGAGUUGACUCGAGAUCAAAGUGGCCCGUGAAGCCUGACCUAGCACAGGCAAUAUUCCUCAGUGGAGAAUUUUAUCCCCACUCUUCAGAAAAGCACCCAGAAAGUGCACGCUUAAUCUUAAAGGAAAUCCUGUUGGCCGUCUGUGCACAGUGUCAACAGUGUUAUAGUGUGCUGUCGAAAUAAUCAUAAAAACACAUCUAUGUUAAAUGUGUAAAACUGACGGUCUGUGUUAUUUUGUUUUUCGCGUCUUGAAAAUCGAGACCUUUAUAAGUUCAUAACAUUAGUCUAUCUGAUCACAUGUAUCUAGACCUUUAUGUUCAUAACAUUAGUCUAUCUGAUCACAUGUAUCUAGACCUUGAUGUUCAUAACAUUAGUCUAUCUGAUCACAUGUAUCUAGACCUUUAUGUUCAUAACAUUAGUCUAUCUGAUCAAAUGUAUCUAGACCUUUAUGUUCAUAACAUUAGUCUAUCUGAUCACAUGUAUCUAGACCUUUAUGUUCAUAACAUUAGUCUAUCUGAUCACAUGUCCUAGACCUUUAUGUUCAUAACAUUAGUCUAUCUGAUCACAUGUAUCUAGACCUUUAUGUUCAUAACAUUAGUCUAUCUGAUCAAUGUAUCUAGACCUUGAUGUUCAUAACAUUAGUCUAUCUGAUCAAAUGUAUCUAGACCUUUAUGUUCAUAACAUUAGUCUAUCUGAUCACAUGUAUCUAGACCUUUAUGUUCAUAACAUUAGUCUAUCUGAUCACAUGUAUCUAGACCUUUAUGUUCAUAACAUUAGUCUAUCUGAUCACAUGUAUCUAGACCUUUAUGUUCAUAACAUUAGUCUAUCUGAUCAAAUGUAUCUAGACCUUUAUGUUCAUAACAUUAGUCUAUCUGCUCACAUGUAUCUAGACCUUUAUAAGUUCAUAACAUUAGUCUAUCUGAUCACAUGUAUCUAGACCUUGAUGUUCAUAACAUUAGUCUAUCUGAUCACAUGUAUCUAGACCUUUAUGUUCAUAACAUUAGUCUAUCUGAUCACAUGUAUCUAGACCUUGAUGUUCAUAACAUUAGUCUAUCUGAUCACAUGUAUCUAGACCUUUAUGUUCAUAACAUUAGUCUAACUGAUCACAUGUAUCUAGACCUUUAUGUUCAUAACAUUAGUCUAUCUGAUCACAUGUAUCUAGCCCAGGGGUCUCCAAACUACGGCCCGCUGGCCGGAUGCAACCCGUGAGGCCCUAUUAUCUGGUCCAUGGAGACCUUUUUGACUACGGAAAAAUCAAUGAAAUUUCCGUGUAACCUGCCAAGAUCAGCCGCCACGCCACUUACGUGUACGAUAUGUUUUUACCAAAUUAAAAUAGAGGCGAGCAGUAGUAUGAUAUGUUUUUACCGAAUUAAAAUAGAGGCGAGCAGUAGUGAGAUAUGUUUUCCAACCGAUCAGUACAUUGCAAAAUAAUGAACUGCGGAUGGAGGUCAUUGAGUGUUAAUAAUGACCUCCUUGGGGACAAUUUCAAAGAAGUACUGGUGGCUUUUUACCAGUUUUUGUCCUAGGAAGACUUUUCUAAUGUCAAAACUUUUGCACCAAGGUACCUUUGGAAUCUUUGGUAAUCUUUGGAACAACACACUAGAGUGAGCAAACAUUUUCAAGAAUGAAAUACGUGAUGAACAAUUUGAGAACAAAUUUGUCCGAUAAUAAUCUCAGGUCACUGUUGAUGUUAGGGACAUCAAAAUUAAAGCCAGAAAUGUCUACUAAUUUGGCAUUCAGGAAAAAAUUUCACCAUUCCAACUACUACAUGUGUUUAUGUGUAUACAACUUUUACAAUCUGCUCAACCUUGAUGAAUAACAAAUAAAAACAUUAAGGGUUCUCAAGAACUAGACUUCACUUACUUCCUCCUACCUCUUUUUGCCAGAGACCUGUCAGCACUUUUUCUUAUACAGCUGAGCCAUAUUUGGCUUGAGUGAGGAAGCAACUGAGACCCUCAGUAAAGCUUGAAGACGCUCAUCAGUAAGUUUGGCUUUGAACUUUGACUUGCUAAAAUUCAUAGUGGAAAAGAGCUUUUCACACAGAUAGGCACUCCCAAAAAGUCAUAUGAUCCGCGGUAAUUUUAAAAGGAAAUUUUAUACUGUCUCAGAUUGCUAUGAUUGACACAAUUAUGGUGUUGUGCAUUACCCACUAAAUGACUUUUAAACUUUUCUCAUCUGCGCACUUAAACCAGGCUUGUCUCAUAAAAUGCUAUAAAAUAAAAUCUUUUACUCAUAUUUUAAAAUGGUUUUUACCAUUAUAAUCAACUUCUAAAUCUAUACAAACAUAAUAAAAUCAGACAGACUAGUCGGUGAGAUUCAACUGAAACUGUCGCAGAGAGUCGCAUUAUAGAAAUGACAAUGGGGAAAACCCGCGGGCCGCAUUAACACUAAACUUUGCUGUCAUGUAGCGGGCCGCAAAAUAUCGUCUUUCGGGCCGCAAAUGGCCCGCGAGGCUGAGACCCCUUGUCUAGAAUCACAAUGCCAUAUUUAUUGUCCUCACGCUAAUAUCUAUAUAGAUAUCCUAUAGCAGGUUUCCUACAACUGGGGUGCGAGGAAAAGAAGAUAAGAGCCUGGGACUUUUAAGUUAUUAUAAUCAUUUUUGUCUCGUUCUGUUCCUCUAAUUUCUACUGCUCACUUAUAAAUUAAAAUGAAUAAAUUAAAUUCCUUUUCUUCAAUUUUAAAAAUGUAUUGUUAAGUUUAUAGGAUGUGCGGAACUUAGUCAAUUUUUAAGGAGUGCAAAGUACAGAAAAGGUUGGGGAACUCUGUUCUAAGCUAUCUGCAUUGCCAAUUGUGAUAGUUUUGGUGAAUAUAUAGGCUGUCUACUAUAGCCGAAGAUUUUUAGUGUUUCCGUAAGACAAACAUACAGUUCACAGUAUGAAACAACGAGGAAUGUCUUACAUUAUGAUAUGAUAUGUCUCCGGCCCGGGAUGUCAGCCAUGUGCAGUACAGUCAUAUUUUUUCAAGUCUAAUGUUUUUUUUUUUUUAAUGAUUAAAACUUAACCCAAAGGUAUCAGUUCGAUGUUUCACGAGAUCAAUAGACUGAUCAGUAUCUGUUGUAUCGAUCGAUAAACCAUAGAGCAUUCAUUAGCACGACUGAUAUCAAUACAUUAUUUAUGGGUUUGUUUCUCGAUGGAACUGAAGAAGUCCAACCUUUUGACAAGUAAACUGACACCCCGACAAUAGUAUAACACUAGCAUACGCGAUACACCACGUGACAAGUAAACUGAUACUCCGACACUAGUAUACCACCAGCAUACACGAUACACCACCAGCAUUAACACGAUACACCACCACCAGCAUACACGAUACACCACACACGUAGCAAGUUUCAAGCUUUGCAUCUCGGCGCUGUACUAAGUCUCACCUCAAGUUAGGAUAACGAUAGAUUUGUUGUGGUCAGCGGAACAAUGUGACUUUUUUUUUCGUUGACUAAAAUACGUGUAUCUAGCGAUGACCUAAAAUACGUAUAUCUAGCGACGACUUAAAAUACGUGUAUCUAGCUUUGACCUAAAAUAUGUGUAUCUAGUGAUGACUUUAAAUACGCGUAUGUGGUGAUGACUUAAAAUACUUUAUCUGGCGAUGACCUAAAUUACAUGUAUCUAGCGAUGACCUAAAAUAUCUGUAUCUAGCGAUGACCUGAAAUACGUGUAUCUAGCGAUGACCUAAAUUGCGUGCAUAUGGCAAUGUACUUGUACCUAGCGAUGGCCUAAAAUACGUUUAUCUAGCGAUGACCUAAAAUACGUGUAUCUAGCGAUGAUCUAAAAUAUGUGUCUCUAAAAUACACGUAUCGUCUAAGACUCUGCUCAAGCAUAUAUAUAUAUAUAUAUACAUACACACAUAUAUACAUACAUUUUUUAAAAAAAAUAUGGUUAGUGAUGCACGAUAGCGUAAACAACGGUUAUAAAAAAAAAAUCAGGACGGUCUUAAGAUAUUUUUGUAAAUAUUUUAAGUUGUGGUUGAAGCAGGCUAGUUAUGUUGUCAAUCAUUUAAAGUUUGAGAAGCGCCGGGUCUAGCAAUCAAUGAUUGGAAUCAGUGAAGCAGAAACGUUUGAGAAAUAUCUGUAUCAAUUAGUGUAGGAACCAAAAGUGGUACUUAGAAUUGUGUGUGUACUUGUACCAUGUGUGGGUAGGCUUACACAUGGGAUACAUUAUGUUGAAAUGUAAUACAGCCUUACACAUAUGAAAUACCUAAUUUAGAAAUGCGUAUACGAAAUAUAGCCUUACAUCUUUGAAAUACAUAUGUUGAAAUGUAACUGUGUAAUAUAGCUUUGCAUACUUGUAAUACAUAAUGUUGAAAUGUAGCUAUCGGAUAACGCCAGUAAGUACUUGCUGUUCGUUAAAUUUUUGUUCAACUGUAAGGCUUUUUAUCGCUAUAAAUGUAGCCAUAUUUUAUGUAUGAGUGAAAUCAGGUUAUCCUUCACAUUCCAGAUGAUUGUUUUAAAAGAGAAGUUGUUUUUAACAAUGAAAUAAUUAUGGUGGCAUCGUUGUGAGAGCACUGAUGACGUCGUAACUGUUGUAUUCAGGAAUGGCUUAGCCGUCCUUGUGUUCUGUUUGAGACUGAGACGAACUACGGUCUAUGGUUAGUGUAUCGCUUUCAUUCGCGGUUUCCAAGCCUGGGGUCCUCGCAUCUGGGCACCCCUGCAGUUGGGAUCUUAAGGGAUGCAAGGAAAAGGGCUUCAAUGACCUAGAGAUUGUUUUAAGUGUAUGGUAUAAAUGUUUAUAUACUUUAAAACAUUUCUCCAUCAACAUUUUCCUUUAUGUAAUGAGUCACAAGUUUAUUUUGUAAAUUCUGCGGUUCUUUUUGCAAUUCAAUAAAUAAAUUGGAAGUCCGUUAUCUUCAAGGUUUAAAACGCACUGUCACGUUAGAGCAGCGGUUCUCAACCUGGGGGUCGCACGACCCUUUCCAGUGGGUCGCCUAAGACCAUCAGAAAACACAUAUACUCUACAGUUAUGAAGUAGCAAAGAAAAUAAUUAUUGUGUGGCUGGGGGUCGCCACGACAUGACGAACUGUAUUAAAGGGUCGCGGCAUUAGAAAGGUUGAGAACCACUGCGUCAGAGGGAGGUGCGCGUUGGGCUUAUUCAAAUGAUAUGGAAGGGUGUGAGACUAACCAAAUGAUUCGUAGAAAAGGGAGGGCGACGUGUUGACCAAUAACUUGUUUACUUUAUGCCAUGUGGAAAUGGUGCGUCUUUUAAUCGGUUAUUGCGCAACAUCCGACCAUGUUGUUUUAAAACAUCCAACCGUUCUUUGUAUACUACCCAAUCAUUCUUUGUACACCACCAAAUCACCCAACCAUUCUUUGUACCCCACCCAAUAACCCAACCAUUAUUUGUACACCGCCCAAUCACCCAACCAUUCUUUGUACACCACCCAAUCACCCAACCAUUCUUUGUACACCACCCAAUCACCCAACCAUUCUUUGUAUACCACACAAUCAUUCUUUGUAUACCACAUAACCAUUCUUUGUACACCACACAACCAUUCUUUGUAUGCCACCCAACCAUUCUUUGUAUGCCACACAACCAUUCUUUGUACACCACACGGCCAUUCUUUGUACACCACCCAACCAUUCUAUGUACACCACGCAACCAUUCUUUGUAUACCACCCAACCAUUCUUUGUACACCACCCAACCAUUCUUUGCACACCACCCAACCAUUCUUUGUACGCCACCCAACCAUUCUUUGUAUGCUACCCAACCAUUCUUUGUACGCCACCCAACCAUUCUUUGUACACGACCCAACCUUUCUUUGUACACCACCCAACCAUUCUUUCAACAUGAACCAUAUGAUUACGUUUGUUUACAUCAGAUACGUGAAACGACUUGUUGGCUUUCUUGUACUGCCAAUUCCACGAAAUUCCUACCACUUUUCUAAUAAUAUCAUGGUGACCCUCUUGUCAUAACAAUUGUGCACAUUUUUUAUGGGGUAAUAAGGUGAGAGACUGCAAUCAGGUUAGUACAAAAUAGAAUGAGUUGACGAACCAUAUGAGGCUGACGAAGGCUUUCUGCCGACACGUUCGCUGUUUUGUUGCGUUUAUUUUUUCAGGUUUAACCCUCACAUUUUUUUAUAUUGUGCUGCAGCUUCAGUCAGCGUGGGACCCCUAAAGUCAGAAUAUCAUAGUUUGGUUUCCCUCCAGUCAGAAUAUCACAGUAUGGUUCCCUUCCUGUCAAAACAUCAGAAUAUGGUUCCCCUCCUGUCACAAUAUCAUACUGUGGUUCCCUCCUUCUUUAUUAUAAUAUGGUUCCCUCCUUGUUUAUCAUAACAUGGUUCCCCUUCUGUCACAACAUCAGAAUAUGGUUCCCCUACUGUCACAAGCAGAAUAUGGUUCCCUUUCUGUCACAUCAGAAUAUGGUUCCCCUUCUGACACAACAUCAGAAUAUGGUUUCCCUUCUGACACAACAUCAGAAUAUGGUUCCCCUUCUGACACAACAUCAGAAUAUGGUUCCCCUCCUGUCACAGUAUGAUACUCCUCCUGUCACAGGAGGGUUCCCCUCCAUUCAUACCCUGGUGCUCAGUUGCUGUCACAUGAUUGAAUGUCUCUAUGGUUGUGUUUCAUGUAUGCUUCUAUUUCACAGCGAGAUAAAGACAAGCAUGAAGUAGGAAACAUUCAGAAGUGGACCAAAGCAGGCUCCUUGCGGAGGGCCCAGCACACCAUGCUGAAACAGUCCUUGAGUCACUCACACGAGGUAGGCCUUCUUCUAGUAGGACACUUGGCAAUGUUUUCUUCAUUAGCAUUUAGUAGACACGUAGAAUGCAUUGAUUUUAAAUGUCAACUCUUACCUACCCAAUUGAACAAACACAAAGAAAGAAACCAGUUAUUAAGCAAGUAAAAUAGAGAGAAAAUUUACAUACAAAAAAUCUAAUGCUGUUAAGUGGAGGAUAAGUUGGAAUAGUAUCAUAAAACAGAAAUAUUUGGUGUGCACAUUUGUAUAAACCCACGAAGUAUCCGUGAUUCUCAUUGUACAACUGUACCAACCAGACGUGAUUCUCAUUAUACAACUGUACCAACCAGCGAUGGACACCUACUAAAAAACGUGCUGGCGUCUGCUUCAAACUUUACCACAUUUUUUAGCAAAACUCAUGUCCAGUGAAAAGAAGUUGUAGAUGUUUACAAUAGAUACUAAUGAGUGCAGAUCAGAGGGACAUAACCAAAGAACCCCCCCCCCCCUUUUCCCCCGCGCCCGUUUCUUACUGGUUUUCUCGAUCCAUUAAGUUUAUAAGAGAACAGCGCACACGUUUUUAAGUCCAUUGUCAGUGGGGAUCAAAGGAACUUGACUAGCGCACCGUCCAACGCGCCUGUCAUCAACUUGAUAGGUACAUUGGACGCGUGUCACCUGCCGUGUGGACAAUAGAGCCGUUUUAUCGUCACAGAACUGCGCGCCGGGUAAAACAUUUCAAGUAGCUGUAGCCAACUCCAAUGAUCGUCUCUGUUGGCCGCAAUCCGUGGGUCAUUAAGAGGUCUCUAAUCUCCUUGUCGCUGAUCGUAAGGGCCGAGACGCGUAGAGGCUGCUGUUGUCAUCACAGUAGGUACUGGCGACCUUUCCAGAGAAAACCGCACCUCAAUAGGAUUAGUGAUGAGAUGUUUCGAGAGUCAUCCCGCCAACCCUUCCCCCAACCCCUGCCCCACUCCGCCUAAAUGAAACGGAUUUGUGGCUAGCUAUGUGGGUUAUGGGGCCAUGCCAACGUACCCGGCUGAAUUUGGUAUGGAGUAUGGAGGCAAUUACCUUUUGGAAUAAGGUCAAGAUACUGAUCAAUGCCAGCCAUGGCAAACAAUGCAUGUCAUUACUGUCGACUGCAAGGCUUAAUGUCAUCGGGGCUCUAGUCGUCUGUUGGGUAGAUGUGAUCUUGUGUACAGUAGUUAGUUGGAUUCACAUGUCAGGCGCUUAUCUCCAACCGUAAACCCCACCGCCAACCCCGACCAGAAGAAAUUUAGUCAUGUACUUGUAUGUAUCAUGACCACAAAAAAUGUUGUUGGUUUUUUGUGUGUCCCCCCCCCCCGUCACAAUUCUUCUUGCUCACCCGUUUACAUUUGUAUCAUGCCCACAAAAAAUGUUGUUUGUUUUUUUUGUGUCCCCCCCCCCCCCCGGUCACAUUUAUUCUUGCUCACCUGUUGACAUUUGUCAAUAAAGAAGUCUCUAGUGAAUGAUGUACAAUUCUUGGAACUGUUUGCCCUCUGUCUCGUCCUCUAUUUGUUGAGAUUGUUUAAGUCAACACGUCAAGCCAUCAUCUCCCAUAGCGUAUCAUGUCCACAAAUCGUCGUGUAUCGGGUGUUGGGCCAUGCCACCCCCUGACAUUGUUGACCAACACAAAAUAUGGUAGCGUAGACCGUCUCCGGAAGCCGCGUGGCGAGCUGGACCAUAACAAACCUAACAAUGAAGGGGCGGGCCACCCGUGUCGUCUGCUUGUGAUCUGUCGGUCAUCGGCCCGUGGUCAAGAUUUGGUUGGCAUGUCGCAGGUGUCGAAGUGGAUCGCUCGACCACCAGCACUUGGUUUUCAACCCACUUAUGUAUUACAUGACGAUGAAUGACCCAUCGUAUCAAAGUAAUCAUUAGUGGGGGUUGAAAGGUUAAAGGUGCCGCUGUUUUCAAGAUGGAGGAAAUCCGCCCAUUUAAAGAUCAUAGGAUCUUAUUUUUCAGCAAGGAUCUUUUGUCAGUAACGAGUGUACACGGUUUAUGAAGAAUGGGUUACGUCUAACUAUCAGUAAAGAGGGUAUCAAAUAUAUCAAAGACGGCUUAGUUGUUCCAAGUCCCUUAGAGACCUAUCUAUAACACAAGUUUCACACAACUACUUUUAGGGUUCCAACUUAAAAACUAUUUUUAGGUUACAAUGUCGUUUCCCUUCUGUGUUAUUGAAAUGUUUAAUUAUGAGAAUAGUACAUUUUCACCAGAUCACGUGAUAUUCAAUGGACAACAAAGACAAUCUUUUCAAUGAAUAGUGGCUGUUCUAUAUUUGUCUCUCGUUUGAAGCUCAGCGUUAAGUGUGUUCAGUAUUGGGAAUGGUGUAAAACAACAAAAGAGUUUAUAGCGAACAAAUUUACCCUAUUUAAUACAUGUUUAAAAAAAAAAGUAAUAUUCACAAAAACUAUCAGAAAUACCAAACAAUAUAAUUAUCUUGGUAUGUAUGCAUGUACGACUGCAAUGCCGUGUUCAAUAGGCGAGCAAAAUAAAAUUCCCCGACGUUAGCACUGUAACGUGCCUUACUGUGAUGCCAGUUUUGUCAGGUACUUUUAGCAGACAGGAAGUUCACCCGUUGCCGCCGCCAUUGUUGGGGCGGGUUGUUUCUAGCUAGCUAUUGACCAAAAAAUGCGACAACCUGCUUCUUUAAUCACCGGCCGUUUGAAGUGUUUAUGGAAGCCCAUCUCUCAGCAGUGGAAUGAGUAUAGAGCAGCUCUUGUUUGAUUGUUAGCACCAACCUAUGAUCCCACUUCUUUCAUUAAAUAAAUUAUUUAUAACUAAUAGCUAAGCACGGGGUGUAUGAACUAUGAACAAUCCCUCGAGGAUUUACUGACUGCUCUAUGCUACAUAUGUCGUAGACAUAAUUUCUUAGUUGUGAUCCGAAAACGCAAUCUUGUUUGAUGUGAUUUAUUUAUGGUUGUCAAUCUAGUAAAUGGCUCUAUUCCGGUGUAUGGAAUCUCUUAGAUAUGUUUUGCUUCUGGUGUGUCCUGCUUCCUUUUCACAACCGGCCUCCCCCUUACUCAACAUGCUAUAUAUUAGGAGUACUGAGUUUGGGGGGGGGGGGCUGUCGACCAGGGAGCGUCAUGCGUGACGGCUGCACUCGGGUAAAAAGGUUGAAUUUUUUAGGAGGUGGCUAUCUAGUAAUCAAUAACUAGACACGAGUAUGGAGUAGGACUGUCUCUGGGCCUGUUGUUUAUUGCAAAUGUGAAGUUAACUUUUUUUUUUUUUGGGGGGGGGGACAUUUGGAGCCACCGGAGCCGGUGUCAAACAAUUGCACCCGGGUAAGCGCUAGUCAUUUAAUAUUUUGGUCAAGUUUGAGUUGAUGUGGACUCGGGUAAAAAACAACACCAUGCCACACACACGCAGACACACACACACACCGAGGCAGUGUGACCCUUUGACUGACUAACUGAAAGAAAUGUCAAUGUGUAUGAAGUGUUGUAUUUAAAUCUUCCAGAAGUUCUUGUUUAUUUCUAUCAACAUUUAGAAGACGAGUUGACACUGACGUGGAACGUUGAAGAAUGUGUCUGUUUGGGUUGGGUUUGGUCCCUAACCGGAGGGCGGGGGGGGGGGCCUUGCGUUGUGUGUGUGUUUUUUUUUGGUUUUUUUUUUUUUUUUUUUUUGGUUUUUUUGGGGGGGUGAUGUCAACUCACUGUGUAAAAAAUGAAAAUGUGCUGUAGGCCUAUCACAGUGUAAAUAUGGAUGCGUUGUUGAGUGUUGUGAAAGUGAUGUCAUGUUGUCAUUCUUACACUUCCAUUUGGUGUGGACAUUCUGGGAAGUAAUAACAUUGUACCGCCAGCGAAGAGGACGAGUGAAUACUGAACAUGUAAGAGAGCAGAAGGAUAAAUGACCAGGGGACAUCAAGACAUCGUUUGAUAUAUAUCUUUGCAUCAAACAUUUGGGGCAUGCCUUGUGCAGAGAUUCCAUAGUGGUGGUGUUUUACUGCCAACCCCUCCAUGGAGUUGUAGUGACAAGUGAAGUUGUGCUUCGUUAAGUUCAAAAGGUCGACACUGUCAUCAAACUAAACGGGUUUUUUUGUUUUUUAAAUUAAAUUUUGUACACUGUAAUAUUCCCUGAACACGAACACAUGAGGAAGGGCUGUUACUUUCAAAGUCAGCACUGAAACGUUCGCCCCUUCUAGCUAAGAUAAGGUUUACUCUCUGCGCCAUAACUAUUCAAUGACUCAUAACAGUGCAUUGUGUACAUAGUGCUAGUGAUUGAAGACAUAGUGUACAUAGCAUUAGUGAAUUAAAACCCAUUAGCAGCACACGUUUGUUGUGGUUCAACAUGAGUUACCGUACUCUUUAAGUAAGUGGGGGCAUCGUGAAAGUCAUCGCCUCCCAAGAGCAGUUUCAGGUCAGAAAAAAAAAAAACGUGGUCAUCACCGGUUGCUUAAUUCAUGCCGUUGACCUCGUAUGGUUCAAAUAGUAGGCACGUGUUACAUUCUUAGUGUUGUUUGCUCAUUAUUGAUGGAGAAAAGUCCAUUUAGUAUUUUAAAGAUUUAAAAAAAAAACAGGUUAGUAUUAAUAUACUUGCUGAAACAUUUCUUCGAUUUCUUGUGUAUGACGUAUCUGGUUGUGUUAGUUUUAGAUUGCGCGUGUAAAGUACCCUCCGCCCCCCCCCCCCCCCCCCCUAGACCGGUAAGACAUUCAACAUUUCCCAACUGCGUCACACUGGCGCUGAUAAAAUGACGUCACUUGUCAGGGCGGAGCUAAGCCAUCCCCAACUCUCGUCCACUGACCACCGCAGGCGUUAGCGAGAAGAAGGGCGUGGCGUGUUUUGUUCCAGGUUAAUCCUCACCGGCCUAUAUAAGCGGAUUAGCAAACUAAGAGUGCAUCAUCUGUUCCUUAACAAACCCCUGUGGUAGACUGUUCGUGACCAUUUGGCCUUGUGUAAUACUAUCUGGUUUAGAAGUCUGUACCUCCAGCCUCAAACGGGUUUGACUGUACAUUACUGCUAUACACCGUGGACCAUGUUGUGUUGAUAUUUUACAGAAUCCUUACAUUUCUGUCGGAGUAUUACAGUUUUUGUGUGGACAGUUUAGUGCUUUAUUAUUAAACUAUCUGUCGAAUAGAGUUGUCACGAUGUUGUGACCAACACUUGCACCGUGAGGUUUGUGUCGAAAGCCACCCACCAUGUCCACCAAAGGAUCUGCCCGUACACGCCUGACGCCAUACAAGCGAAAGUUGGACGAGUCUUCAUCAACUGUACGUGGUGCGCCAAGUUCUUCGCUUAACACCAACUACGAGUCGCCCUCCAAACGCCGUCGGUCAUCUUUGUCUCGCCUGUCUCACUCCAUCACCAGCUCACUGAAGGUCACCAAGAAGCGACUCGGGGAUGAGAAUGCCAGAAAAGUCCAGGACACAUCUCCAAAUGCCAGAAAAGUCCUGGGCACAUCUCAAAAUGUCGGAGCCGGAGGUUAUUUUGAACGCGUCAACAAAUCUGUGGCAAGUCAAAAUCAUUCGUUAUUCGAUCAUUCCGAUGGUUUUCAUCCUACAGGAUCAUUGUCGAAAUCACUUAGACGAUCGAUACGGAGAAGUUACAACCUGUUCGAUGAAAAUACCUGCGAGUUCAAGCAAAGUCUUCACACAGACUUAUUGGCGCAUUUAAAUAUCAGCUCGACUUUUGUUGGGCAACCACCGCGCCAUGUGUGUGACCAACGUCCACCCAUGUAUAGGAAAUCUGCGUCUAACAUUUCUGAUUGCAACAGACCUGAGCCAGAAGGCUGUUCGGGUGGUUCUGAAGAUUCCAAUUCAAAACAGGACCAUUUCAACAAAUCUCAACGUGAUCCGCAUUCUCAGUCUAUCAGACACAUGGCUCAGCAUGAGCCACACUCUCAGUCCAUCAGACACAUAGGUCAGCAUGAGCCACACUCUCAGUCCAUCAGACAUACACGACACGUCUGUAGGGCCCUCCAUCUCACCUCACCACAUGGAAACAUUUCAUACAGUAAACACCAGCGCAUUGUUGGCUUGAUAAGACCCGAGGCACAUAUGAAUUCAUCUACGGGCAACAGAAGCUACCAAAGUUAUCUCUCUGCCAGCACAUCAGAGAGACUCAGUGCCACCUUGUGCUCACUGCAGUCAAACAACUUACCCGAUGAGCGAGCAGCUAGACUUCGCUACAGGCGUUCACAGGCUCUUAAUAAAACGUACAGCCAUGCGGCGGUAAGAGAUUCACUAGUAGGUUCAUAGUUAAUUGUUAAAUAGUUGUAGCUUUGAUGUGUCUCUUGUUACAUAUCCCUGUGUCUCUUGUUACAUAUCCCUGUGUCUCGUGUUACAUAUCCCUGUGUCUCCUGUUACAUAUCCCCGUGUCUCAUGUUGCAUAUCCCUGUGUCUCGUGUUACAUACCCCCGUGUCUCCACUUUGGAAAUCAUUAACGUAAAGACGCCCCAACUUGUGUCAGUUUAGAAUGAAUCAAUGUAACCUUUGAGGGCUGUUGUCUUAUGCAAUGGUGCCCGAAUGGAAGGUGUCAAUAUUUCUCACCCAGUGGCGUAGCUAGGAUUAAUGGCAGCAGUAGCCGCUUUUCACUAUGAGGAAAGUGCCACCCGGGGCAGACCGCCCCGCCACACCCCCGUUUAAUACGCCACUGUUACAGCUAAAUGUGUUCUAACGAAGUAAGUACUGGCUACUCGAAGUAGGUCGUGACUACUCGUUUAUUGCAUUAUCGCUCUAAUUUGGCGAUACACGUUAAAUAAUGGUUCAACAAAAAUGCCCGAGACUCACUGAUCCCUGCAGUUGUGUUCACUCGUCCGUGAAUGGGUCGUUGCUUCUGGUUUACAAAUGUUUCCUGUCAAAGUAAAGAAUUUAAUGUUCAGUGGAGUUAAUGGGUUUAACAUAGACCCCGGUUCAUGUUUCAUUAGCUUCGUCCUUAAGGCCAAAUGUUCGAUCCGAGUACACGCAACAGACCUCUCUCCCAAACUGAGCCAUGAUCUAAUAGUUUUAAAAGCUUGAGGCGACGUAGGAAAGAGCGAGCGUCAGAGAAUGGGAAGCCUUCAAAUAAUAUGUCAUGACAAAAUCAAGACGGUUGAGAUACGUGGCACGAGUCUUUGCAUUUUACUGUGACGUCCCUGAUUGUUGAACCCAUUUUAUAACUUAAAUGAAGUAAAACCAAUCUAGUUUCUUAUUUUACGGAUUUUGAAAUGCUGCCUUAAAUUUUGGUGGGAUAUGAUGUUGAUCUAGUAAACCAUAACUAUUUAGUAAACCAUUUAGUGCUGCACACACACACACACACACCCACACCCCUUCAGUUCCUUCCUACUCCAAAACUGUAGACUAUGCCUAUUCUUGGUAGUAAACAGAAAAGAUUUCACUAACGUCUUUACCGACUGUAGUAAGCAUCUUGAAACCUGUGAUUGUCAAAGUGUUCAAUUAGCUUUCAGCAUGGGAGUAAAAUUAAUUGAUCAUUUGAGAUUGUUUUAUAUGAACUUUCUUAAAUGACAGCCAAAGUAACUGAAAUAAUGAAAUUACAUUUUAGUUACAUAUACAAAUUAUCCUACCCACCGCUCUAAUUCUAAUGCUUUGGUCUGCUCCAGUGUACUAAAAAUGGUGAAUGUUUCAUUAAACAAUAGAUGUACUUUCUCGAUUGGCAUGAAACAUAUCUCCUCGCUGUCCUCAGCAGGGUCAGUAGACUUGAGUUGGGUGUGGUCAGUGGUGAUUGCCUCCAAAAUAGAUUCAGGUUGGAUCUGGACUCCUCAGUCAAAAUGGGUGUUGUCCAAUGUCACCUGAUAUUUAAAGUUGUGUAUAUGAAUAAUUAAAACAUGUUUGCUGUGUUUGAGUAUAACUACACUGUCACUAUGGCAUGUAUCCACAAUGUGUAUGAUUUAUUGCUGACAAGAUUGCCUUGAAGAUAAACACGUUUUCAAGUGGCCAAAUAGUCAGCUGAUAGGACAGGAAGCCUCACGUUUUCCCUAUAAGUAAAGCCCUAUGUGUAUAUGGGAAGGUAUUAAGGAAUUUCAUUGGCACAUACAGUGAAAUGUUCUUGGUCUUGUAGUUUCACUAUGGUGGAGCAGCGUACUAAUAUGAAGUACUUCUUUGGUUACGUGCUUUUGUUGAACUGUUGUAUUUGGUUUGUUUCAUAUUCAACUCACUUUCAAUGGGGUAAGAUGGGGGUGAGGGGGGGGGGGUUGCACAAAGUAGAGGGGAAAUCUGAAAAAUGACAAAAUGAAACAAAAAGCAUUCUUCAGUGAAAGAAAACGUGACCAAAAAAAAAUUAUUUGAUGAUGUGAUUUCAUUGGAACAUAUAGUGAAAUGUUCUUGGUCUUGUAGUUUCACUAUGGUGGAGCAGCGUACUAAUAUGAAGUAUUUCUUUGGUUACGUGCUUUUGUUGAACUGUUGUAUUUGGUUUGUUUCAUAUUCAACUCACUUUCAAUGGGGUAAGAUGGGGGUGAGGGGGGGGGGUUGCACAAAGUAGAGGGGAAAUCUGAAAAAUGACAAAAUGAAACAAAAAGCAUUCUUCAGUGAAAGAAAACGUGACCAAAAAAAAAAUUAUUUGAUGAUGUGGAGAUUUAAAUAUAAUAUGUGAACUGGUCCCAAUGGUCUAAUAUGACUAAUCAACUACUUUAACGCUAAAACUAAACAGAAUUGUUGAUGAUACAACACCUAGUAAUAGGUUAAUAUUUGUCCACCAUUAUACAAUGCAGAUGAUACAACACCUAGUAAUAGGUUAAUAUUUGUCCACCAUUAUACAAUGCAUUCAUUUUUAAUCAUAAAGUUGUUAAUUUACUCACUUUUUCUACUGCAAGGCAUAGCAAAUUAUUUUAAACCAAUAGAUUAUUAAUUUAGCCAAAUAAUUUCAAAUUUAAUGUUAAAAUUAAAUAUAUAUACAUAUCAGUGAUGAACAAUAGGCCAUAAAAGUUCAAACAUUCUCUCUGUCAUUACUUCAUUUUUAAUAUGGGUAUCCCCAUUGUUUUGCUUGUAAGACUAGGCUGGUCGGCUUAGAGGCAUUAGGAAAAGAUUUGAGCCAAGUCUCUGUUUAAUACUUUAAAUCCUAUUGUUUUAACAACCACUUCCCUCAGUACACACAAGUAUAUUGUUUAAAAAAAAUGUUCUUCCCUGUUUCAUUUUUACCUGUAACUGUACAUAUUUACAAAGACAACAGUGAGAAGAGCCUCUUUUUCUUAAGUACCUUUUGUUUUCAUCCAGCUUUGUGGGGGAGCACUGCUUUAGUCCGAUCAGUUAACAUACAAGCCAUAUUACAAAUGAAUUUGGGCUACAGCUAUUGAUUAAUGUAUUUGAAGAAUGAAAACCUCACUGACUUAACACACAAUAUAUAUUCUCUGAAAGCUUUUUAAACCUCCUUACCUAAGUCUUUGGUAAACAUAACCAACUGGAGUAUCGUCACCAGAGACCUAGAAGCAGUUAUCUGUGAAAAUCGUUUCUUAAGACUGCAAUCUGUAGGAGUGUUAAGCCAGUCGCCUGCCGAUACAAACACAAGGCCUUAGCAUAGCAGGCUUGGAGCUUCGGUGAUAAGAUAAAUGAUUUAACUGAACCUUUCUUGUAAGGCAAUUAAUGUUCAAGGAAUUAUUUAGCUCUAUGAUAACAGUGACAUUCAGUGUGGUGUCGGAACAUAAAUUCAUUUCUUAUAUUUAACUUCAAAAGAGAACAAUUCUAGGGAAUGUUUUGAACAGUCUUGACUUUGUGACAUAAAAAGUGUGUAUAUUUGUAUUCUCUAAAUAAAUUUUAAUCAGAAUUUAUUCAUGUGAAUAAUCUUUGGUUCAAAGUAAAUAAGAAAGAAAGGUGGCAUCUAAAAAUUAUUCUGUAUAGUUUGAACAUGAACAUUUUAGAAUGCUAUGUUUAAAGAUUUUGAGGCAUAGUUUAGGAUCACUGAAUGACCAAAAUGUCAGCUCAGAUCAUCAACAGAUCAUUUUAAUUCAUUCAAAAGUGAGUAAUUUGCUAUAACAUUUUACUCCUUGUCUGUGCAGAGUGUUAUAAUGUAAACAAUAUCACUAAUGCAACCGGAUGGCGCUGAUUUCACUAAAUAUAACCUAGAUAACUGUAAUAAAUGAGAUUCUUAAAAAAUACAGCAGCCUGGUAAUAUUUUCUUGAUUUACAGAAAAAGUCUUAAAAUAUGGUGUUAUAAAUAUGCAGUGUAAAAGUGGGUGGGACAUUAUUACAAUUCUCGGUCAUGAAAAAUGUGGGGGUUUGCGAACAAAGAGUGGGGGUAGCACUAAUUUGGAAUCUUAUAAAGUGGGUUACUUGAAUGCAUGUUUCAUUAAGUAAUUGUUUUAUCAACUAAUUUUAGUUCACGCAUUGCGGCCAUCACUAUUUGGCGAGCUAACGCUAAUUAAAAAUAAUUAUUGAUCAAAUCUAUUCCCUAUCAUUCUUUUGGUCUAUUUGUUUAAUCAUAAUGUAAGAUCAUUCUAAGGCAUACAAAUAUUUUGUUUCAAGCUAGUAAAGUUGAGUUACUUUAUUUUUAAAAAUAUGUACAUUUUUUUUAAAAUUUGCAGUCUUUGGCUGUUGGAGAAGAUGGAAGCUCAUCCAAUCAAAAAUUAAUAACAGCAUGCAGUGUCAACAACAUAGCAUGUCAGACUGGUGACCAAGGUCUGAUAGAAAAAUCCGGGAGAGUUGCCAGCUGGGCUGUUAAUUUUGAAAAAUUGUUAAAAGAUCCCAUUGGCAUUGGAAUCUUUACAGUAAGCUAACCCUUAACCAAUAUUUUAAUGUUAACAACUUUGUUAAAGAUGAAUUAUUAUUUUUAAAGAUUACCAGUAUUGAAACAGAAAAUAUACACUUCGAUCACUAUUAGCUCCAGUAUGAAAUUUAUUUACCAUGAAAUGUUAGCACUGACAUUUUUUAAACUUGUUUGAAUAAAUAGAACUUCCUAAAGAAAGAAUUCAGUGAGGAGAAUGUUAUAUUUUGGAAAGCUUGUGAGCAAUACAGGCAGCUGGCUGAUGAUCAUCAGGUAAGUUUGAUUCCUGCAAUCUAUACAAUUUAAAUCAUACAUAUAUAUAUAUAAUAUACAUAAUAUAUAUAUAUAUAUAUAUAUAUAUAUAAAAGAAGAGAAUCGCACUAGGAAACAGUAUCCUAACGGGAUCGGGAUCCCAACUGAAAGGGGGGGGGGGAAUGGAAAAUGGUAUCCUACUUGGAAAUGGGAUCCCAUCGGAAUCUCAAUUAGGCUGGGAUCCCAUUGGAACAUGGGAUCCCAUUUGGAAAUGGGAUCCCAAUGGGAUUGGUAUACCACCGGGAUCAGAAUACCGACAGGAUAGGGAUACCAAUGGGAUCUGGAGGGAGUCCCGGGCAACGCCGGUUAUAUUGGCUAGUUAUUUAAAAAAAUAUAACUUUAUAAAAAUUUCAAAUCAUUUUUAUAGCAUCCUUCUCGUCUUACAUGAUAAUAUUGUUUACUUACAUUUAUACUGAAAAUCCACCAGCAAGGAACAUAAUAAUUUUGUUUGAUUUUCUUAUAUUAAUAGAGAAAAUCUCAAGCAAAGGAUAUAUAAUAUUGUUUGAUUUACUUAUAUUAAUAGAGAAAAUCUCAAGCAAAGGAUAUUUACAGUCGAUACCUUUCAACAAAGGCCAGUGAUCCUGUCAAUGUGGAUAGUGCUGCCCGCUCAUAUUCUGAAAAAUUCCUUGACAACCCCACAGCUAUCAUGUUUGAUGUGGCCCAGCAGCAGGUAAGUCUAUUUUACUUUGUUAUAGUCUAUUAUUUUUAAUAUUGUCUCACAAUUUUUCAUUUAAAUUCCACAAAUAUCUUCACUAAUAAAUGAAAUCUUUAUUCAACUCCAUUGUUCACUUACCUUACUGAUUUCAAUGGAUAAGCUUGGAUUGAUUUUAUUGGCUUAACUCAUUUCAAUGGAUUGGCUUGGAUUAAUUUUAUUGGCUUAACUCAUUUCAAUGGAUAGGCUUGGAUUGCUUUUAUUGGCUUAACUCAUUUCAAUCAAUAGGCUUGGAUUGAUAUUAUUGGCUUAACUCAUUUCAAUAGAUAGGCGUGGAUUGAUUUUAUUGGCUUAACUCAUUUCAAUAGAUAGGCUUGGAUUGAUUUUAUUGGCUUAACUCAUUUCAAUUGAUAGGCUUGGAUUGAUUUUAUUGGCUUAACUCAUUUCAAUAGAUAGGCGUGGAUUGAUUUUAUUGGCUUAACUCAUUUCAAUAGAUAGGCUUGGAUUGAUUUUAUUGGCUUAACUCAUUUCAAUAGAUAGGUGUGGAUUGAUUUUAUUGGCUUAACUCAUUUCAAUAGAUAGGCUUGGAUUGAUUUUAUUGGCUUAACUCAUUUCAAUAGAUAGGCUUGGGUUGAUUUUAUUGGCUUAACUCAAUUCAACAUACACAGUAUAAUGUUGCAUAAAUAAUUUUUCCACUUUUAAUUUCUACAUUUUAUCAUUAAUAAUUAAUAUAUUUAGAACAUUCUUAAUGGGUUAAUUUAAAGGAAUAAGGCAAAAUCAGUGGAUUAAUGAUAUUGAGAAGUGGGAAGCUCUUCACUUUGUCAUGCUCUUCAUCUUUGCACAGAUAUUCCAACUGAUGCGUCAAGAUAGCUAUGCUAGGUUCCUCAAAUCAGAUCUCUAUAAGAACAAGUUAAUGGAAGAAAUGGAAGGCAAAGUUUUGGAGGGUACAGCAGAAGAAAGAAAGUUUUCAGACAGCAAGAAAAAGGUACACUAUAAGUUUCUGAGUGUAACUUGUUUGACUACUUGCAUUGUUAUAGUUUUUUCCUGGAGAAUAUUUUCUGUACAGCUCUGGCAUGCAAAUUUGCACUUUAAAAUUUCUUCACUUUGAAGAAAUUGAGUUGCAUCAAUGUAACAUGUUUCUGCCCUACUUCAGUAGGCUUUAUAAUUAUACAAUCAUUACUAAUGUGAAGAUUUUAUAGAGAUCCUUAAUAUCUAGAUAUUUUUAUCUUAAAAAUUAUUUCAAAGUUGUUUCCAAAAAAUAAAAAUUAUUUUCUAAAAUUAGGGAAAAGGUAAAGAGAAUGAUGACAAGCGCAGACGCUCCAUAUUACCAUGGAAACAAAGUAAGUAUCCAUAUUUUAUUCACUAAAAUUAAUGCCUUCAUUUGAAGAUGAUAUAUUAAUUUUUUAACAACUUUCUGUUGUCUUUUAAGUUAAUAUUUGACUACAAGUUACACGAAGUAAAGCUUGAUAAUUUGUUCAGAGAUAAGUUUUUAUAUCAUGCAUUUUUUUUUUUAAUUUGGGAAAAAAUUAUAAAUAUAUAUUUUCAUAUCUGGAUAAUCAAUGUCCAAGAAUAAUAAUUAAUUCAGACAGGAAAUCAGUCAAAUCUACAUCAGACCCUGAACUGAAGAAGCAUGGCAAGAAAGGAAAAGAAGACAAAGAUAAAGAAACCAAUAAUAAUCAUCAAAAUAUUAGUGUAGUGAGUUCUGGUACAACUACCACUAUCACAACAAGUAGCAACGCUAAUGGUGUCAACAAUGUCAACUUGAAGAAAGCUCCUGGACCCGGCAUUGAUCUCAGCACAAUGAGGAAAGAAGUUUUUCACCUUAAAGAGGUAAACAGAUUCACCAUGUUACCAACUUUUUACUUAUAUAUGUAUUGUAAUUUGCAAAAAUAUUUCUUUUAAAAUGUAAUUACUCAACCUUCUUUGCAGAAGAAGUUACAAUGAUUGAAUUUUUUUAAAGUUAAUCAGUAAUAUAUUUUUAAAUAGUUAAUGAUUGAUAGGGGUGUGCCGGAUCCGUUUUUUCCAACCGGAUCCGGAUUUUCUUAUGCGAAAUCCGCCGGAUCCGGAUACCGGUUUCUCCCGGAUUCCGGAUUUUGGUACUAUUGGUAGAUAUUUCGGUAAGUCAAGGUGGACUACUACUUUUUGUGUAUGGGAAUUCGCAAUCGGCGCCAAAAAAUCCGAGUUUUUAAUUUUCCGAUGUGUGUGUCUAUUUAUUAUUAAAUUAGUACUUUCGAUAUAUAUUUGAGUUCCGUUCCAUUUGGAUAAGUGUCUUACGAGAGACGCCAUGUUUCUACGCGUUCGCAGCAGGUCAUGCAGCUCGCUCAACCUAAUUUCGCCAUGGGGUUGGCCACGCCCCCCUUUUUAAUGGCGGAAGUUGACGAUACUUAGGAAAUAUUAAUUUAUUAUCACUAUUUACAUCAAAAUAAUUGAUAACUUGUGUUUCAGAAUGCAUUUAAAGACAUUUAAACUGGAAUGUUUUAAUUUGAGCUUUAACAACCCGGUAGAAUCCAUAUUAUAAAUGAUCAGAAUUUACCGUGUGCAACACGUUGUCAUUGGCAACCAUUCACAGCCACUUGCAUAACUGUAUCGUAGUACUACCUCAGAGUUUCAUUCAUAAGAGUUUGCCGUGUGCAAAAACUAUUAAACCAUUGGUCAGGGAAAGCUUUAAUUAAUUAUUCAUGUGCCAAAGUUGAAAGUUUAAACUAAGUCUAAACAGUAUUUUAGUGAUAAGGCAGGGAAUGCGUUGCCUUAUAUAAACUAUAUAGUCAUUGCGCAUGACGGGAUUGGUGGAAUGAGAUCACAGAAUGUGGAGAUGCAGUCCAUGUUAAAAAAUGACAAACCAAGUCGUACUUUAAAAAUUCAUAACUUUAAAACUACAACAGCUAAAAAUAUGAUUUUGGUGUUAUAAUUCUUUAAAAAAUUACAUCUUUUCAACUAUGCCAUUGGUUUAUUUUUACAAAAAGUUUAAAUUUUCUUAUCAAAGUCCCUACACUAUUGGCCACUAUUAGCGGUGCUGACUCUAGCCUCUGGUAUGUACGGAAUAUUAAACAUUAAACAAGCUCAACGCUCGAAACAAUCGAUUAAUGUAUCGUGAUCGUGUGGAAUUCGGGAAAGAGAAUUACUUUUAUUUCAGAUUAUGAUCCGGUGAGUCACAAAAUCUGGCAAAUUCCGAAAUCCGGUAUAUUCCGGAUUCCGGAAUCCGGUUGUUCCGGAUACAUGUAAAUCCGGCGGAACCGGAUUUCACCGGAUAGUGCAAAAUCCGGCGGAACCGGAUUCCGGACCGGGGUCCGGCACACCCCUAAUGAUUGAUAUAUUUUUGGUUUUUUGGUUACUAAAAAAGUUUCUUAUUAGAAGACAUUUAAAGUAUUGAUCCCAUUAUUGUUGAAAGCAUCAAAAUAUUUGAAGUUAUUAUUUAUUUGCAUUUACAGUUGAAAGAUGCCCCAGAAGUAAAUUUUAAAUUUUGUCGUAUUGUCAUGCCUGAUGGUUCAACCACUGUGGUAUGUGCUAAACCUGGACAAACCUCACGUUCAGUUCUUAGCAAACUAUGUGAGAAGAGGUCCAUUUCCAUUGCCUCCGUUGAUGUUUUCUUAUUAGGUUCAGAUAGGGUAAGAAAGACAUGGGCAAUUCAUUUAUAAACAAAAUUUUUAUGAAAUAUAUAUCUUUGUCAUAAUUAAAACUUUAUAUUAACCAUUCAUAAUUUAGAAAGAUCAUCAUUUAUAAUCAGUCCUGUAGUAAAUUCUAUUAUAAAAUGAAUGCUUAAAAAAAGUAAAUUUACAUAUGGCAUCCUUCCAUCUUCACGAGACAAUGGAGUAGCUUUUGGCACUUCAUCAAAUGGCUUACUAGGCAGAUCAUGGAAUGGCAGCCUCUGCUGCUGCACUUCUCACAGGAGAUCUUUGACUCCUGGUUAAAUUUGGCCUUCAUUAAUGUUCUUUUUGUUGCAAUGGCUAUGUUUCUGCCUGUUUUGCCAGCUGGAAAGGUGCUCAGCGAUGAUCUCCUGUUCAUCGAUAUCUGUUUUGGCUUCCCUCGUGUUCCUUCUGUAAAUGUCCUUAAAUCUGAGCUGCGGGCGUCCAUUAAGGUCUUGCCCCUUAUUUAUAUAAAUAUUUAUGUAUAUAUAAAAGCAAUAUAACAUUAUAAAUACUUUUUUUUUAGCCUCUUGACCUUAAUGAGGAUAUUUCUACACUGGGUUCUAAGGAGAUAGUUAUAGAGCGACGGGUGCUGUUUAGAUUGGACUUUCCCAAUAACAAAUCCAUUGGAGUAAAAGCCAAGCCGAACAGGAGCAUUCGGGACGUGUUCAAACCCAUUCUUUCUAAAUAUGGUUUUCGUAUUGACAACAUAGCUGUCCAUUUAGUAAGUACCACCAAAAGAACCAUUUGAUUAUAUAACAAGCAAACUUAGUGUUGUUUUUUCUAUUUCACUGACCUUGACCAAUUAGUUUGGUUGUUAUUUUUUUCUGAUACAUUUCAUUCAGGUUCUGCUCAUCUUAUAAUAAUACUACUUUACUAUUUUUAGAUAGGGUCCAUGGACUUCCUUGAUCUGGACAUGUCUGUAUCGGAUAUAGAGAACCAACGAGUGGUCGUUAUAACAGAUGUAGAAGCAGCAGGUAAUUGACUUAAAACAGCAUUUUCUAAGCUUGUUGCCUAUAAAAGCUGCACCAUUGGCUCUUAAAAUUUUACUUAAAUGCUUAUCCUUGUCUCUUCAUUACUUUUUUAAUCCCUCCUCUGUUGUUUAAGACUCUUAAACAUAUUAAUUUUUAACAUUAAAUUGUGGUUGGAAUGUUGAAUGGGGAGGGUUGGGUCUAUUAUGUGUAUCGGGUGUUUUUUAACUGAACUAACCAAUCCCUCCAAUGCAAUUAACAUGUUUUUAAUUAGAAAAUAAAAAUAAUUUUAACCUAAUUUGGUAACUAAUUGUUAUGCUGCAUGGAAAGUUCAGCCAAUCAGCCGAUGCAUACAACAUAACAGUAAGGCCGCUGUUCUCAAGUGAAGUUGUACUGAGCAAACUAGAGUCAUGUUUGUAGACUCCCUUUAGAGUCAUGUUUGUAGACUCCCUUUAGAGUCAUGUUUGUAGACUCCCUUUAGAGUCAUGUUUGUAGACUCCCUUUCACUUAGUUCUAAUCUUGCUUGACCUGGUGUAGAUGUUUUUAAUUUGUUAAAAUUUAAAUGUUGAAAAUCUUUGUUUGGCCUUGAAAAUGUAGUUGUUUUUUUUUCAAAUUAUGAAUGUAAAUAGUAAAGUGUAAGUAGAUGCAUGAUUAAUUAGCUACCCUGUUUAGUUACACCACCUAACAAUUGUUUCCUCUGAUGAAUUGUGCUAUAUGCAAUUUAAAAAAAUCCAAAAGAAGCAGCCUUAAAAAUGAAUUAAUUUACUUAGCUUGGAAUGGAUUCAAUUUUUUUAUAAAAUCCCUGCUUUUGUAUAACUACUGCUUACUCUUCCCACAUAUUAUAAAUGUCUAAAGGUUUUAUGCUAGAUAUGUUCAGUUAAAAUACCUCUCCUCUAUUGAUAUGUGCAUGACUAACACUAACAUGUUUGUUGUUGAACUCAUUGGUUGGCAUAUGAUUUCUGCAUUAUGCUAAUUUCCCUAUAUAAAUCUGGUAGUAAAAUAAUAAUUCUCCAUAGUUAAACACAAUUCAAAAUCUAUUCUAUUUGUCCAUAUAGUUAUGUCUUUUUAAAAAUGUUAAGUUUGAUCAAGAGCUAAUAUAUUUGUAUUUAAAAAGUAAUAGAAACACAAAUAUUUCUUUUUAAAAUUACCUACUUUUAACUCUAAAGAUAGAAAAUUUAAAACAAAAUGAAACAUGUUCCUCCUUAAUUCUUUCCUAACAUGUUAUUAUGUAAUGAUUUUUCUUGAUUCCAAUGUAGCCAUUGGUAUAUGUUGAUAGCAGUAAAAAAAUUGGAAUUUCCAAAAUAUGUUGAAAUUAAUUGUAUAAUGUAAUUCCAUUUGAUUAACUUCAAUGUUUUAUUGUAUUUAAACUAACCCUGCAUGCAUUGCAUCUUCAGUUGUCAUUAAUAUUUGUUCUAACAGAAAUAAUGAGGCAGGGUGCUCAACCCACGGUCUCACGUCUGCCUAAAGCACCACCUGCGAGUCGCUCCAAAGCUGGGCAUUUUGGCACUCGUGGUGGCUCGCUGGAGGAGAUAACCAAUAAGAUAUUUGAGGACUUAAUGCGAGGAAAAAGCCAGUUAGCCCAUGGUUUUGAUGAGCUGGGUGUACUGGAAUUAGACAAAGCUAAGGUAGGGACAAUGGUCGGUUACUGAGUAGCUUUGAAAUUAUCAUCCCAAAAUGCUCAACACUUUGCCAUGGAAUCCCAUUGCUUUUUAGAUUUGUUGUUGUGAAAAGUCAGUAUGGUUGUAGCUAUUUAGAUCUAUGAGGGAAUUUCUGAUAUUUAUUUCAAAAAUAAAUCUUAAUAUCCCAAUUAGUUAUUAAAAUUUAAUUUUUUUUAAAAACAAAGAUAAAAUGUUUAAAUUUUAUUUCUGACCAAAAGUUUUCUUACUCUGUGCUGCUGCAUCAUGAUCUUUAAAUUCGCUAACACCCAUUUAUGUAACCAUUUAAUCAUAUUCUAAAAUGAUGUAAUUACUUAAUACAUUGUUGUUGUUUCUGCUUACAAAUAUGUGACAUAUACAUUAUUAUAUAUUCACGAUUUUAAACUGUAAUGAACCUGUUCAUUUAUUAAUUCAAAAUAAUUAAUUUUCUUAUACUAACUGUUUGUGAUUCAUGAUAAUAAAUAAAUUAGAAAAAUUGUUUCUUAUAGCAUUAACUAUGAUGCAGAUUUUAAUAUUAUAUAACGUUUUUUGUGGUAUAUUUAAAAUUAUGCAAAGAGAAUUUUAAAAUUCCAGCUCAUAGAAUCCUGCUAUAGCUUAAGAUAAUUCUGUUGAAUGUUUAUCUCAAAAAUGUGUUUACAACACUCUUUUUACAAAUUAAUAUUUAAAAUAAAUAUGUACUCUGGCAUCAAUGAUGGCCAGGUCUAUUUAUUUUUUUUUCCCCUUUAACGGGUUUUCAUGAGCAAAUUUGACAAAAUGUUUACAUUAUUUAAAAACAGGCUCACAAAAACGAAGAGGGGCGCUCUUUGGCCUUAUUCGGGCUACUGAGAAAAGAGUCAGUGCCAGCAAAAGAAGCCAGCAAGACCAGCAAGUUGAAGGGCAAAGUGACCUUUUCCCUGCCAAAGAAUGAAAGCAAAAAGAAAGGCAGUGCCAAAGAAGGUAUGGACCUGAGAGAUUUCUCAUAUUAUCUAGAAUUAGAAUAGAAAAUUUUGUAAUAAUUAUUUUCUCAGGAUGGAACUUUCCUUAAUAUGAUAAGCAUUAAAGAUUUGCUAUGUUAUAUUUUUUUCUUAUUGGGAUUAGACUGGUACUUAGAUAAUGGGAAAGUUAAUUAUUUUUUUAAAUCGGAUAUUAGAGUCAACCCAAAGCUUAUUAAAUUGUUGGCAAACAAAUUCUUAUCAAAGUGAAAUCUGUACGUUUACUAUUUUUCUCAUGUUUUAACAUCAGGUGAACGCUUAUUUGAAAUGCUGUCAAGUGCACAGAAAAUGAGACUGGAAGAACAACGAGGUGUGCUUGUGACUCCCGGUGAAUUGCCAUCAUUCUUAUGUGAAGAUAUUAAGAGUGGAUGCGUAGAUGAAGACCAGAACAUAGUUGAGGAGAUACACAUGAAAAAAAUUGAUGAUGCUCAAUGCGGACUUAAUAUGUUCGAUGAUGUGGCCGAAAUUUCCAAAGCAGGUUUUUUGGAGAAAAAGAAGCACGAGCUUUUUAAUUACCCUAGAUCUACUUACAGUUCUAAUUUCACACCAAGAGAAACAAAUAAAAUAAUCAACAAGACACCCACAUCUGAGAAAUGGAAAUUACAUGUGGAUCGUAAUUUGCAUCAAGAUGGUGUUGUAACAUCUCCUGGAGAAGCUGAUACAUACUUUCGCAUGUCUCCGUUAGUGAUUGAUUCAAAAAAUGCUACCCAAUCUUCAGAUAAUAAUUUGAAAAACAAUUUAUCACUGAACAUGAGGGCUCCAGUAGCAUCACCUGAAAAUUUUUCUCCAGACAGUAAAAAACUAAGAAGCAGCCCAGAAGGGAAAAACUCUGUUUUACUUGCAUCUCCACUUCCUGAUAAAUUGUCUCCUAAUUCCAUCUCGUCUCCAGAAACUCCAAAAACAUCUUUACACUACUCCAACAAGAACUUCACUUCUGUUAAUCAAACAACUUCAUAUGAAACAGGGAAAUUAAAUUUAGCAACUGAAAAUAAAAGUCCAAGUCCACAAAUACUUUCUCCAAGCAAGAAUAAAAACAUGGACUUCUUCCAUCAACAGCAGGCACAUGAAAUGAUCAAGAAUGAAUUUAAUGGCAAGGAUAAUUUCUCAAAUAAAAUCAACUCCUUUCAUUCUUUUGGAAAAAGCCCUGGAACCACCCAAACAAAUAAUCAUUUUCUCAUAGGCAAUGGGACAUCAGAUACACGUGAGGCUCUACAUUCUCCUGACAUUGAUAAAGAUCAUCAUGGCAGAAUGAUUCAACAUAAAAUACAAUCUCCAACCAGAGAUUUAUCUCAGAGAGCAUUGAUGUCUCCAAGAUUUGAGCUCAGUCCUAAAUACAGAAGACCUGAUCCACCUCCUUACAAAAAAAGGAGUUCACCGUUCACUUCUCCAAACAUCAAACCUGAUACAGACAAUUCAAAUAGUACAAGUCAAGGUCUUUCCCCACCAAUCCCUGUCUUCAACUCACCUGAUACUGUAACAAAGAGACCAGGCUCAAAUCAACCUUUUACCGAGCAACCUGCAGUAUCACCCUCUGUAUUUCAGUUUGUGGAUAAUAGAAACUUACUGCACUCCAAUCAUUACCAAAAUUCUCCACAUCCUAUUCUUAAUUCUGCUAAAUUUAUUCUUCUUCCGUAUCAAAACACCGACCAAGAGGAAGAAACUGUAACUUUUGUGUAAUCACCUUUAGGUUAAUUCUAACCAAUAAAGAAAUUAAUAAUUAACUGAAGUACAUACGAAGAUAUAUGUAUAAUGUAUAUGGGAAAAAAGAUAAAACACAGAUAAAUUUAUUUGGAUUUUUUUUAUAUCACAUUCGAAUGUAUACUUUUG